UUCUAUUUCAUGCUCAGUUUUACUCUGAAAAUACGUUCAGUAGAUAUUUGGAAGCUUCUAUAUUUGGUUUACUCGAAUAUUUUCUUAAAUAGUGGGAAUUUUUGGCUUCCAAACGAAAAUUUGAAAAGUAAAGGUCUGGGGAUAUUAUUCUAUAAAUAAUCGAUCACCAUUUGUCAGCGGUUCUUCCAUCAUGGCCGCUAGGAUUGCGCAAAAUUUUAGACUUUUAAAACUUCGUUCUUUGGCAAAUUUAAAGGUUCGAUAUUUCUCGGAGGAGUUGCGUCAUGGUUUUAUUGGAAUGGUUGGCAAUACUCCUUUGAUAAGAUUUAACAAGCUCAGCGAGAAAACAGGAUGUGAUAUCACCGCUAAAGCUGAACACCUUAACCCUGGUGGCUCUGUUAAAGAUCGUGCUGCACUGUACCUUAUAAAAGAAGCAGAGGAAAAAGGUUUGAUAAGACCAGGGGGAACUGUAGUUGAAGGAACAGCGGGAAAUACAGGUAUAGGACUUGCGCACAUCUGUCUUGCCAAGGGUUAUAGGUGUGUUAUUUACAUGCCAAAUACACAGUCACAGGAAAAGAUAGAUGUGUUGAAGACUUUAGGUGCUGAUGUACAUCCAGUGCCAGCUGUUCCCUUUGAUGACCCUAUGAACUACAAUCAUCAGGCCAGACGAUUUGCGGAAAGCAUCGAAAAUGCUGUAUGGACAAACCAGUUUGACAACAUAUCAAAUAGAAGAGCUCAUUUUGAGACAACAGGGCCAGAAAUUUGGAAUCAAACUGAUGGAAGGAUAGAUGCUGUUACCUUUUCCACAGGAACUGGUGGCACAUUAGCAGGUGUAGGAACUUAUCUUAAAUCAAAGAACCCAAAUGUCAAAGUUGUUUUAGCUGAUCCUGAGGGUAGUGUACUGUACAAUUACGUCAAAACUGGGGAGUUAAAAAGAAGUGAUGGAAGUUCUAUUACUGAAGGAAUUGGACAGGGGCGCGUAACAAGCAAUUUAAACGGAGCUCCAAUCGAUGAUGCGGUGUUUGUGUCUGAUAAAGAAGCAGUAGAGAUGACUUUUUUCUUACUUCACGAAGAAGGGUUCUUUGUAGGCGCCUCGUCUGGCUUAAACGUUGCUGCGGCCGUGAAGGUCGCCGAGAUGCUUGGUCCGGGCCACGUGAUUACUACAUGUCUAUGUGACACAGGGCAGAAAUACUUCGCGCGUCUCUUUAGUAAAGACUGGAUGGAGUCUAAAGGUCUCUUAGAUGCAAUUCCCGAGAAGUAUCGUCACUCCUUGCAUUGAUGAUAACAGUAGUAGUAGAAUAAAGCUCAUUCAUGCUUUAGGAAUUUCUUUCGAUAUAUACGCACAUGCUGGAGAUAAACUAGAUGAAGGUUCUUCUUCAUGUAACCCCAUUGGUUUGUACCAGAUUCCAAUACACGGUUGUUAGGAAUAUUUUGUCUUAUGCCCCAUUCACACCAGCUUAACAUGUUUGGUUAACCCAAGUGUAACAUAAUGAAAAUUAGCAACAGAUAACUAAAGAACUGAAUUUUCCAUAGGGUUCAAGUAGUUACUAACUUGAAUUUGAAAUGUGCUGUAUAAAAUUGGAAGUCGACAAACAUCUGUUGAAAGAGUUUCCACGAAGAAAACAAAUUUAAACCGUGUUUAACAAGACAGCUUUAAAACAUGUUUGAGCUUUGGUGUAAAUGGGGUGCAAAAUAAGAAUGUGUUGAAGUCGAUAAACAAAUGAUUGGACCAAUAAACAAAAAACAACAAAAGUAAACCACAAACAAAUGAGAACAUACGAUUUCAUGGUUUGAAGAUGACUUUUGAAAAAGUAUCAGGACCGCCUUUAAGAUUAUUGUUCAUAGGAACAUGGGAAUAAUUUAUUUUCAAUGGCGCACUAACCCAGAUCCUCCUUCUCUCUCCCUUUUAUUUUUUUUACCAAUGCACAAUUCCAGAAUUAUUCAGGGCGCUAUCAACAUUAGAACGCAGACCAGACUUGUGAAUUUUAUGUUCAUUUUUCGUCUCAGCAAGAAUUCAAAAGCAGAAGGGAAAGUGUUUUAUUGUACACUGACAUGACUGACAGCUUUCACUCAGGAGUCCUAAACAUUAUGAAAAUCCCAUUAAUAAGAUGGCAGUGCUAUAAAAAAAGAAUUACGAAUGCCACCUACCGCCUGGUAUUGAUUUUUAAAGCAUAAAUAUUUGAGGAUGACCUCAA